AUGACGAGGUCGCUUGUAAACAAUGAAAAAAUAGAAAAAACUGAGAAGUUUCAGCCUCGCGAGAAUAGGAAAUUAGAGAAACUGCUUGAAUGUAUUUUCAUAAUGAAAUAUUUAAAGGAAAAUAAAUAUUGGGAAAAGUGCUCUAUAUUUGUGAGUUCUAACAUAAAAAAGGUUCCAAAGGUCGAAAGUUUGAUAACGAUAAACUUUCAAAUAAUUAAACGUGAACUAAUUGAAAUGUUGCACAGUCAACAGAUACAGUUUAAUAAACUUGUCGAAGCUGUUUCAAUAACAAAAAAUAAUGUUGUUGAAAUAAAUAAAUUUAUAGAAGUUACUGAAAAUAACAACAUUAAUACCGUUAAGUUGGAAAAACUUGUUGAUACUGUUGAAAAUAAAUUAGUAGUUGAUGUUAAUAAUGCUGAAAUGAAUAAAAAUUUAGAAAUUAAUACCACUGAAGAACUAUUCACUAAACCACUAUGGUCGGACGCAUAUGACAGUCCAAUUGACGAUGAUGCCCAGCCAUUCUUGCUUGUUAAUAAACGAAAGAAAUCUCAACAGCUCAGCAACAACACAGAAGAAAACAACAAACCAAAAUUAUCAACCAACAAGGUAGCAGACUCUAAGACAGUUGAGAAAAAACCAGUUAGAACUAUUGGACAAAAAAUUUUAGAUUACUGUAAAUUAAAGACAGACAAAGAAUUAGUUAAAAAAUCUGUUUUCUGUCUAAGCAACAUUAGCAAAAGCCACAGAAAUGAUGUUGAAGAAUAUCUAAAUACUAACGGAAUUAGAGUUUUAUCAUGCUAUCCAGUCGUUAAACAGUUCAAGAAAAAAUCGACAGCACAACUAUUCUGA